AUGGGUGCGGCAGCCGGAGGAAUUAAAGAAAGGAUAUUAAAUUAUAGCGAAAGUACUCGUCAAGAAUUCACUAUUGAUGAAUUCCAGCAUAAAUUUUUAAGAAGUGGGUAUACUCCAGUCAAAAUAGUUUUAGAACAUGACAAAGAAGUAAUUAAUCGUUAUUGGGCCAAUAAAACCAUCAAAAAAGGAGGAGAAAGCAAUACCUAUUUCAAUGUUGCUAAUUUUGGAGGCUUAAUGGAUGAAGAAGGAUUUGUAAAGUUUCAUUUUCAUACUUUAAAUAUGCACAGUAUGGUUGAAAGCGAGGAAA